ACAACAACCACCAAAAAGGAUAUCGCGACCGUUGGUGGUGCUUUCAGGCUUUACCUUUUGUGCGCGUGCGCUCGUCGAGUUUCUCUGCAAACAGGUUUGACCAGGACACCUGUGAGGAGAAAAAGGAAGCCCUGUGUGCCCGGACGCCAUUCUUUACUCCAUCUUUUGUGGACGACGGACGCGAAGACAGCCAUCAAGGGACACUUUCUUCAUUAAUCCGUUUUGUUUUAAAUUAUUUCAUCAUGAACAUUUGGAUUGCUCUCGUUCUCACUGCCUUGGCGGCGGGAGCCUCAGCUCAAGACUGUUCAUGUAAUACUAUGAAGUGGGCCACUUGUGACGGAAAUCCAUGUGUGUGUUACCUUAUGAUCGGUGACACCCAGAAACAAACCCUGAACUGCUCUGCCUUGAUCCCUAAGUGCUUCUUGAUGAAGGCUGAGAUGUACAGAGCUAAAAAGGGCCUGAGCGUCCGGGGAGUAGGAGGAAAGCCAGUGGAGACUGCCUUCGUUGACAACGAUGGCAUCUAUGACCCAGAGUGUGAGAACGAUGGCAAAUUCAAGGCCAAGCAGUGCAACAACACAGAGGAGUGCUGGUGUGUCAACAGUGCUGGUGUUCGUCGAACUGACAAGGGAGACAAGAGCAUCAAGUGUGACAAGCUGGUGGAGACCUACUGGAUCCGUCUUCAGCUGACACACAAAAAAGUGAACAGUUCAGUGGAUAAGAACGCUUUGAAGACUGCCAUUGGACAAGCCAUUAAAAACCGUUACGCCAGCUUUAACCCAGACAUGGUGAAAGAAGUCGAGUAUGACCCUGAUGCCCGCAUGAUUGUUGUGGAUGUGAAGAAGCCAAUAGGAGAACGCAAUACUGACCUGACCCAAAUGGCCUACUACAUGGAGAAAGAUGUGAAGGUGCUGCCCCUUUUCAAGAACGAAGCAAAGUUUGCACCACUUGUAGGUACCCAGAAUCUGGAGAUGGAGAACAUCCUGGUGUAUUACGUGGACGAAGAGGCCCCGACUUUCACCAUGAAGAACCUUUCUGGUGGGAUCAUCGCUGUCAUCGUGGUGGUGGUGCUGGCUGUGAUUGCUGGCCUGCUGGUACUGUUCUUUGCCAAAAGGCGUGAGAAACAGCGGUACAACAAAGCUCAGCAAAGAGAGCUGGAUCCCAUGUAAACUCUUCAUUGCAGUGGGACUCUGACUGUCCACUUGUACAUCAUCUUUUGGAUUAACUUUUUUUUUGCCGUGGGAAAGUGCGAUUUUUCACCAUUUUACUUGAGGAAUGCAAAUUGUAAAGGAACAAUCAACUUUCUUUAUGUUGUUAGCACUACUGGUGCCACCAUUUUAUUUAUAAAUUGUGUAAAGUCUUAACGCAGCAUCCAAUCUAUAUGCCAUAAAGAACUGCUUUCCCCCCCUUUUUUAAUAUGCCUGGCACAUGCCCAUUUUUAUGUUUAGAACUUGUUGAAUGGUUUAAACUCCACGUCAUGGAUUUACAGUUUCUGUCUUAAUGUUUUGUUGGAUUGUUUUUAAUAAAAAAAUGUUUUUAAAAGAC